AUGGCAACAACUCUCCACGGCCCCGGUGGUCCAGCUAAGGGCGAUCUACCCGGUCGACUAUCCUUUGUGAGCGGCACCUCGCAACCGAAGGAGCUUGAGGAUGGCAACCACUACACGACGGUGAAGACUCCCGACCCGGCCAACAUUGAAGGUGGAGCUCUUCGAGAGGGUGAAAUCCCGGACCUCAAGGGCAAAGACAGCAUCGGUCUCCUGGUCCAGUAUGCUGUUGUCGGUCUCAACUAUGGUGUGUUACCAGCCACAAUCUACCCGUUCUUACAGAAUUUUCUGAACGCGACGGGUACCCAAGUGACUACGGCACAGACGCUGGUAGUACUACCGUGGAGUUUCAAGUGCUUCUACGGUAUCCUAUCAGACUGCGUGCCGCUAGGGGGGUACCGCCGUCGUCCGUGGAUGGUGGUCGGAUGGGUCAUUUGUCUGAUCGCUUUGCUCAUCAUGGCCUGUAUGCCCGAGGGAGACCCGUACUACACGGUGUCGUCCGACCGCGACAUCAAACCGGCUGACUACACGGACGAGAUCCGGGCACGUAUCAACUACGACGCGAACUCGCAAGCUGGCAAGUAUGUCAUGCUCAUGUUCCUCGCUGCAGUAGGCUACGUGCUGUCGGAUGUAUGCGCCGAUAGUAUCGUGGUGGACUUUGCGCAGCGUGAGCCCCUCGAGACCCGUGGCAAGACCCAGUCCGCCAUUUACGUUGUUCGAACGGUUUUCGUCAUCAUCGGCCAGUUACUUACCGGUUUCUGCUUCAACGGUGAAGAGUUCGGCGGCGAGUUCGAUUUUUCCAUUACGUACCCGCAACUUAUGAUCAUCCUCACGUGUCUGACGGCACCGGUCAUCCCUAUGACGUGGUUCUUCAUUAAAGAAGAAAAGAAGCCUCGCAUCAACUUCAACAACUACAUGAAGGAGCUCUGGCAGCUCAUCCAGAAGCGCGCAGUAUAUCAAGUUAUCUUCUUUAACUUUUUCCAAGGCAUGUUCUCUGCCAUCUCGUACACUGCCAGUUCCCCCGUACAGUCGUACAUGGUGGGCGUCACGCCGAUUAACAGUACUAUCAGCGAGAUCCUAGGAAAUCUGCUGUUUAUGGCUGGUAUCAUGGUGACUUCGAAGUGGGGGCUCCACUGGAAUUGGCGCUGGAUGGUCGUGGCCACGGGUGUGUUUGUCAUGGUCGUGGACGGCGUUACUACGUUCAUCACGAUCUGGGAAGUCUUCCGAAGUCAGUGGUUCUGGCUCGGAUUGCCUGUGGCUGUGCAGCUGCCCUACGGUGUGGGCUGGAUGAUUUCUAACUUUGUUAUCGUUGAGCUGUCGGGUAUCGGUAAUGAAGGCGUCGUGUAUGGACUCAUCACGAUGGUUGCCAACCUGUCGUCGCCGUUUGCGACAGCCAUGACACUUGUGAUCGACCAGCCGUUCGACUUGACUACGGAGCGUAUCCAAGAGGACGACAAUUCUAUCCGGACAGACAUCACGUACGCUGUGAUCAUCAUGUACGCGACGACAGCCUUCUCGUGGGUCUUCCUGGUUUUCUUGCCUCGUCAGAAGGAAGAGACGCAGAAAUUGUUGCGUACGGGAGGCAGUAGCAAGCUCUUGGGGGCGCUUACGGUGGCCUACCUUACGUUCGCCUUCAUCUGGUCGCUCAUGACCAACAUCAUGGUCAUGUUCGACAGCACUUCGUGUCUGAUUAUCGCUGGUGGCAGCGGUUGCUAA